GUCUUUCAGUCGUUUUCCACCUCGUGGGAGCAGAUCAAAACUGCUGAAUCGUUUGCGACAAACCAUUGCACACUUUGUCUUUGUUGCUGUCUUUGGUGCCUGACAACUCGGACGGUCUGCUGGUCGCAAGUUUUUUUUGUUUGAACAAGGAGGACUGAAAGCAACCUCCACCAUGGGAGUUCCGGCGCUCUUUCGAUGGCUCUCUCAAAAGUAUCCCAAAGUCACCUCACAGGUGAUCGAAGAACAACCACGGGAGAUCAAUGGUCAUACCAUUCCGGUGGACGCCUCUAAAGUCAAUCCGAACGGGGUGGAGUUUGAUAAUCUAUACUUGGAUAUGAAUGGUAUCAUCCAUCCUUGUUGCCAUCCUGAGGGUAAACCGGCACCCGCGACAGAAGAGGAGAUGUUUGUCGAGAUUUUCAAAUAUAUUGAUCGCAUCAUGGCUAUGAUAAGGCCAAGGAAGGUCCUUUACAUGGCAAUUGAUGGGGUGGCUCCGCGAGCGAAAAUGAAUCAACAGCGAUCUCGGCGUUUUCGCGCCGCACAAGAGGCACAAAUCCAACAAGAGGAGGAGGAAAGAAUAAGAAAGGAAUGGGAAGCCGCUGGUGACAAAAUGCCAGAGACCGAAAAGAAACAACAUUUCGAUUCAAAUUGUAUUACUCCUGGAACCCCGUUUAUGACGAACCUGGCAGUGGCUCUGCGAUAUUACAUAGCAGAUCGCUUAAAUACGGAUCCUGGAUGGAGAAACCUCAAAGUGAUCUUAUCUGAUGCUAGUGUACCUGGUGAAGGAGAGCAUAAGAUCAUGGAUUAUAUACGAAGGCAACGGGGCCAGACUGGCUACGAUCCCAACACCCACCACGUUUUGUAUGGUCUGGACGCUGAUUUGAUCAUGCUUGCUCUUGCAACACAUGAACCAAAUUUCCAAAUUCUGCGAGAGGAUGUGUUCUUUAAUGAUGCGAAAGAUCGGGGAUGUUUCAUCUGCGGUCAGACAGGGCAUCAGGCUAAUGAAUGCACAGGAAAGAAAAAAGAGAAGAUUGGCGAAUUUGAUGAGAAAGGAAAAGUCGCUGAACAAAAGCCUUUCGUGUUCUUACAUGUGAGCGUUCUACGUGAAUACUUAGAAAUAGAAUUGAAAUCUCCAGAUCUUCCAUUCGCAUGGGACCUUGAGAGAGCUAUCGAUGAUUGGGUUUUCCUCUGCUUCUUUGUUGGGAAUGAUUUCCUCCCUCAUUUACCCUCACUGGAGAUCCGUGAAGGUGCAAUCGAUAGACUAAUAGAACUGUGGAGAAAGAAUCUACCAAAAUGGGGAAGUUAUCUGACGAAUAGUGGGGACAUUGACCUUCAGAGAGUAGAAUUGAUGAUGGAUGACCUGGGAAAGGUUGAGGACGAUAUUUUUAGAGAACGUCGUCAUAUCGAGGAACGGAGGAGGGAGGGAAGGAACCGUCGUAAUAGGGAGCGGGAGGAAGCCGAAAGGCGGAGAUAUGAGCGCAUGGACGCACCACCAGCCAUUGUCACUGAAACACCUCCAGAUUAUUUACUGGAAACCUUGCAGAGUGGACGGAAACCUGAGCCCCCUGUGAUCCCCAGUCGGGAUGCAAACAAGGCUGCAGCAGAAGCUUUGAAGAUUGCUUUGACUGGAGCAGGUCAGGAUGUCACAGGCAAUCCAGCUAUUGAAACACAUGCAGGAGUCAAAAGGAAAGCGGAUUCCAUUGAGAAUGAGGCUACGGAUGCUGUUUUUCCAGUUUCCACUGAAGUUCAGGACAUAUCUGAUUCAGAGGAGGAUGUCACGGAGUCAAAAAUUGAUGAUGAAAACGGUGCGGUGGAUGGGGAGGGUUCAGAUGAAACGCCGGAGGUGGAGGAAGAAGUAGAGGAGACAAUGACUGUCGCAGAUGUGCCAAUUCCACACGAACCUCCGACGCACAAGCCAGCUGGAGAGGAAGAGGAACCCUAUGACGAUGUUCGACUAUGGGAAUCGGGGUGGAAACAGCGGUAUUAUAAAAACAAAUUUGACGUAGAAGUGACGGACGUCGCUUUCCGUCGAAGAGUGGUGACUUCGUACGUUGAGGGGUUAUGCUGGGUUUUGAAGUAUUACUAUCAAGGCUGCCAAUCUUGGAAAUGGUAUUUCCCGUACCACUACGCUCCAUUUGCCUCGGACUUCGAUUUCAUUGGAGAGCUCAAUAUCGUCUUCGAGCUCGGCACACCCUUUCGACCGGUUGAACAACUUAUGGGGGUCUUGCCUGCUUACAGUAGACAGCACAUUCCGCCCGCCUUCCAACCGUUGAUGACCGAUUCCGAUUCGCCAAUCAUUGAUUUUUAUCCGGAAAAAUUCCCGAUUGACUUGAACGGAAAAAAGUUUGCGUGGCAAGGCGUCGCUCUCCUGCCCUUCAUCGAUGAGAAUAGGCUGCUGCAAGCGCUAGAAACAAGGUAUCACCUAUUGACCGAAGAGGAAGUGCAGCGUAACUCAAAAGGGGAUGAAGUCCUCGUGGUCGGAGGUAGUCAUGGUCUGUUUGAACCAUUCUGUUCUCUUUACGGUAGACAAGCGGAGCAAACGCCAAUUCCAAUUGAUGCGAGGCUCAGCCAGAAGUUUUUUGGUUCCGUUUUGCCAGACCCCAACGCCUGCUUACCUGGGAGCACCUUCGAAUCACCUCUCUCUGCCUAUGGUCUGGACGAUAUCAGUAACAAUCACUCAAUUAGCGUACUGUAUUACAUGCCCGAAGUAGCACCUGGCCAUAUUUUCAAGGCUGAAUUGUUACCAGGGGCACAAUUUCCUAGUCCAGUCCUUGAUGCUAAUGACGCAUAUGCGGUUCGUAUGGGUUACAACGGUCGUCGUGGUCGUGGUCGUGGUCGAGGGGGUGCGGCCGGUCGUUUCAUCAGACACGGUAUGGGGGCAGGCAACACUUUUGGCCGACAGGGCUACGAUAACGGCGCCCAAAGCUAUGAUGGGCGACGCAAUGAUUAUCAGCAUGACAAUAAGCGAUCGCGCUACGAUUCCCGAAAUCAACACUCGGGAACCGGACUUCCGUAUAUGGGUGGCGGCGGAUAUGAACCGUAUUCAAGUGGUAGCGGCGAAUAUCAACAAGGAGGGAACCAACAGUAUGGAAGCUAUCAAGCACAAGCAUCGUACGGAGGAGGAUAUAUUCCUAAUGCGAACUCUGGUUACCAACAGAACCGAGGUUACCAAGGUGGAUACACUGGUUCAGCCGUUGCACCGCCCGGAGUGACAUCAUGGAACCAAACCCCCGCUAGCAAUCAGGCCGGUUAUAACAGAUCAGGUUAUGGUCCACCCGGAGCGGCGGGCAGUGAGAGUGGUGGGAGACCUCACGCUGGGAAUCUUGGCUGGAGUCGCAAUGUCUCGGCCAAUCGUGGGUCUUCGCGAGGGUCGGGGGGAUAUGGAGGCAAAUUUCGAGGCGCCAAUCGUCGACGUGCUAACGAAAGCCAGGGUAGAGAUUUUAAACCAUACUGAGCUCGCAACCUUGUAGCAUUCCAUGUAUUUUUUUCUUUUGUAGCAGACUAGUUUCUUUCAUUUCAUCUUGUUUGUGAUAACAUUUAUUGUAAGAAAGAUGCCAUGGUUUCUUGUUGUUAGACCGCCAAUUACCGAGACCAGGGAAUGAAU